CCUCUGGGUAGCUGCAUCCAGAGGAGGGCAACUACCUAGGGAAGGCCACAACCCCUCCAAGAACCAGGAGGCGGCUCUGUCAGCAGCCAGGCCAGGGAGGCAGUUGGUUGGGCCAGGACUGAAGGCAUCAUCAGCUGAUUCAUCACCCCUUCUCCGCCAAGGUAGGGAAGAGGGAGCCCUGAGCCUCAGGUUAACGCUGACUCCAAGCCGUUCUUCCUUGGCAGGAUGAGAGUGGCAGGUCUCAUUCGCAUUGUGGCCUUCAUCUUCACCCUGGUUGCCCUGUGGGUCUUUCUCCGCAGCUACAUCAGCUUCAGCAAGAAAACCAUCCGUCUGCCACGCUGGCUAGGGGUGCCCUCCAAGGAGAUCCGUGCCCCGAAGACCAAGUGUGGGCUCAGCAAGCCCUGCUUAGACAACUUCUUCGCAUUCAAAGUCAGCAGUGGGGCUGCCAAUGUUGUGGGCCCCUCUAUGUGCUUUGAAAAUGAAAUUAUCAUGAGUCCAGUGAGAAACAACGUGGGCAGAGGCCUGAACAUUGCUCUGGUGAAUGGAACUACAGGACAGGUGCUGAGAAAAGGCAGCUUUGACAUGUACUCUGGAGAACCCAAACUCCUGAUGAACUUCCUUGAAGAAAUUCCAGAUAGCACGCUGGUGCUGGUGGCCUCCUAUGAUGACCCAGGCACUAAAAUGAAUGACAAAAUCAGGAUGAUCUUCUCCAACCUGGGGAGUUCCUAUGCAAAUCAGCUGGGCUUCCGGGACAGCUGGGUCUUCUUAGGUGCCAAAGACCUCAAGAAUAAAAGCCCCUUUGAGCAGUUCUUAAAGAACAAUCCAGAAACAAACAAAUAUGAAGGAUGGCCGGAGUUACUAGAGCUGGAGGGUUGUGUGCCACGGAAGGUGUUUUAGGGUGGCAUGGCCCUUCCGGGCCAGGGAGCCAAGGAAAGGCCCAACUGACUUGAGAGCAGAGCCCAGGAUUGCUGGAUCUGUGCUGAUAGGAGCUGACUAGGAGAAGAAAGGGAGAAGCCACACAAUGUGACUUUUUUCCUCUCUGAGGAAACAACAGCCUCCCACUACCCCACAAGGACCAGCUUGGAGAUGGGCAGCUGUACAGGGCCUGUGGAACCAGCUGUGAAGGAGACAAGUGAGACCUUCCAAGACUGUCCGUGGUUGUUUCCAGAAGGACUGGCUGCCUACACUU